AUGACCACCCCGCCCACCCUCGAACUAGGUACCGUCCUCGUCGUCGGCGGCUGCGGCUUCCUAGGCUGGAACAUCGUCAAUCAACUCCUCGACUUCCCCUCCGAGACCGACGCCAGCGUUUCCCUACCGCGAAUCGAGAACGACCCUCGUUUCGAAUACCCGGGUCUCAAGGGCCGUUACCCGUCUUACAAAAACACAAAAGUGCACAUUGUUGACUUGCGCACGACGAAUAACAGAUUACCAGGCGCCGAGUACCAUGAAGGAGACCUGACGUCUGUCUCGAGCAUGCUCGAUGUGUUUAGAAAAGUGCAACCGGAUGUCGUGAUUCAUACCGCUGCCCCGGCGCCGUUGGGGUCGACGGAUAAGAUGCUGCACAAGGUCAAUGUAGACGGAACCCGAACACUGAUCGAGGUCGCGAGCGGUGCGCAUGGAGACUGGGGCAAAAAGUGUCGCGCGUUCGUCUACACGAGUUCUGCAUCAGUGGUACACGACACGAAGAGUGAUCUGAUCAAUGUCAACGAGGACUGGCCACAAAAGGGCCUAGCCGAAGAACUCGUCCUCAAAGCCAACAAUCCCACAGCCAAAUCCCUCCUAACCUGCACCCUCCGACCGGCCGGCAUUACUGGCGAAAAGGACACCCUACUAUCCUUCAAAAUGCUCGAACUCGGGUACCUCGGGUCUAACACCGCCCUCAAACUCCAACUCGGAGAUAACAACAAUCUCUUUGACUUCACCUACGUCGGCAACGUCGCCUACGCCCAUUUAUUGGCAGCACACAAACUCCUCGCGACAGCCGCACGCUUCGACACCGGCGCCGACGCACCCCUCGAUUUCGAGCGCGUCGACGGAGAAACAUUCAUAAUCACAAACGACGCGCCCAUGUACUUUUGGGAUUUCCCUCGCGCAAUGUGGAGACUCCUCGACCGCCCUAUCGAACCUCACACAGUCUGGGCUUUGCCUGAGGGAGCACUUAGCGUAAUCGGUGGAAUUAUGGAGACCGUCUACGGCUUGAUAGGCAAAGAGCCAAGGCUGACACGCAAAGCCGUGCGGUACACCUGCAUGACGCGGUUCUAUUCGUGUCGUAAGGCGAUGGAUAGAUUGGGAUAUACGCCUGUCAUUGGGAUGGAGGAGGCGAUUGCGAGGACGGUGAGCUUCUGGGUUGCGAAUUAUUAUCCUGAGGGGAAGAAGGGAAAUUAG